CGUGCGUGACAUCACGCGUCCUUAAAAGUCCGACUACCGCCGGUGAAUUUCUUCUGUUCCGUGACAUGCUAGAUCCACACUGAGACUGUGAAGCUGUUUUAUCGAAACUCUGAAAUGAUGAAGGCACCUAGCCUUCUCCUGGUGACCAUCGCGCUCGGCAUUUGGGCUCUGACAGGGAGCUUUUGCAAGGAAUGGACGACCGUGAUACCGUCUUCGGUGCAGCCGAUGAACGGAUUGUGCUUUUAUAUCCCAUGCACAUUCACCAUACCUCGGUCGUAUGACAAAUACUUGGAUAGCACCUGCGCCGUCCUUUGGAGGAGACUGUUCGAUACGGAUUCCUGGGUUGAAGUAAAAUAUGUGUUCGACUCCAAGCUCACGAGCAAGCAGAUUGCUAAUUCAAAAUACUUGAAGGGAAAAUUUGUCGGGAACUUGCGGGAAAAAAACUGUAGCACCAUCCUGGAAGGUGUGACAUCAGAGCAUCUUGGGAGCUAUUUCCUACGGCUGAAUUGUCAAAACCCACUGAAGUUCAACUUUAUGGGUUUAUUCACUAGAGUGACCAUACAAGAUUCGCUGCUCCAACCCGCUAUCGACCCUAGCACAGUGGAGGUUGUGGAGGGUACUGUGGUGGCUUUAAAGUGUCAAGCGCCAGUUAUUUGCCCGACGUUGCGCCCGCGCUUGACGUGGGCGCCGCAGUUAGGCCCUGUCGAGGACGCAGUGGAGGCAAACGUCAUAGCGGUCAUGACUUUUACAACCACUCAUCUACACAAUGAUGUUAGUGUGACUUGCAGCAUCAUCCAAAGGAGGCAACGGGGAUACUCUGAGCUCUCCUCGGAACGUGCAUUAACAGUUCGAGUUUUGCAUGCUCCUAAGAACACGACGGUUUCUGCUACGCCACCCGGCUCUUUGCCUGACGGCAGCGCCGUCACUUUGAGAUGCAACGGCGUGGCCAACCCGCCGGUCACUGCCGUGACCUGGUACCGAGUGAACGGUGACUGGGUCAAACCGAUGGGCUCAGGCCAGGAGAUCACCUUCAAUGUCACCAAGCUGUCCAGGGAUAACUAUUAUUGUGAAAACCGCAACAUCCACGGGGCACAGUUGGCUGUGCCCAUCGCCAUCGAUGUCACAUUCGCCCCCGAGAUCCUGCCAUCCUCCGACUGCCAAGACGUGUCAACAGGGAUUCAGUGUUCCUGCAUCAGCCAGGCCAAUCCCCCGCCUUUCCUGAAAUGGGAAGGGGUGGAUAGUAACUCCAACCAGCAUAGCAUCAUAGAGCAGUCCCUCGACAACAUCACUCGCAGAAGCGUCAUCAUCCUUAAUAGCCUGGACAGCGACAGUGGAACUUCUCUGCUUUGCAUCAGCUUCAACCCAAUUGGAGUUGACCAACUUGCUUUCGACGUGUCCUCGCCCGACCCUCAGACAGGAGGGCUGCAUAAGAAGAACCAGUGUCCUGCAGGAUGGCUGGCGUUCAAAGACAAUUGUUACCAAUUCGCUACGGACAAGAGAGGGUGGAAUUCGGCCAGAACACAAUGUGCGACCAAGGGAGGGCACCUGGCCAUCAUCCGGAACCGAGAGGAGAGGACAUGGCUGGAAUCACGCUCUAUAACCGACAAUUGGAUCGGCCUGAGGCGCACGGAUGUUAUGAAAAGGUGGAAGUGGAUUGACGGCACUCCUUUGAACGACGGGAUAGCGAGCUGGAGUACACGUAAGCCUAACAACUACAUGGACCAAUAUGAAACUUGUGCUGUGAUACGGUCCUGGAAUCGUCGCUGGAACGACUUGAACUGCGGAUGGUUUCGAGGCUACAUCUGUCAGCGCUGCCAAGAUAGCGAUGAGAUUGUGUACGAUGGCAUCAAAGGCACCUGCAACCUCCAAGUGAAUGUGUACCCGGAGGUUUUCGAAGUGCUGUUUGAGCAGCGUCUGCGCGCGGGACGCAUCAUCGUCAUCCAAGGAAAAGUCAAGCCCAACCCAACCAAGUUUAUCGUCCACCUGUCCUUAGGCCACGGUAAUGACACUCCAUUGCGCAUCGAAGUUGAUUUCAAAGAUGGGGACCUUGAGCUGUUGACCCGCAUCGGUAGUCAUGUUGGCGGAGAGUAUGUCAACAAGGUCAUCAAGGAAGACUCCUUCCCUUUCGCAGCCGGAAGCGACUUUGAGAUGAACAUCGAGUGCGGUGAUGACAUUUUCCGCUUGGCCGUCGGCAGCGACUACGAGGUGAUUUACGAGAAUGAUUGCUAUGAUCUGCAAGAUAUCCAUAGGCUGUUGGUGGAGAACGAUGUGACGGUGACCGCCGUCAGGCUGAUUUGAGGCCGUAGGUGCGGCAAAAGGCGUUACUUCCUGUCGGGAUGUCGACACCUGACAACUUUGUUUGCAAAGUUUUUUAAUUAAUUGUUAUUUUGGAUUGUUUGCUACGGAGCCCCCCGGGUG